AUGGCAGAACCUGGACACAUCAUCUCUCCUGGUAUCCUAGGAAAGCUCAAUAUCUCCACAGGAGAACCCUCAGGAUCCUCUGAGAGAACUAGAGGUAAAUAUGGAGAAGGUGCCAAGCAGGAAAAGUUCAGAUAUGCUUUGUCCUUGGUCUUCAUUCAGUGUGUGAUCAAUGCCAUCUUUGCCAGGCUAGUGAUCCAGUUUUUUGAUGCCGCCAGGGUGGAUCGGACCCAGAACUGGUUGUAUGCAGCUUGCUCACUUUCCUAUCUGGGUGCUAUGGUUUCCAGCAACUCAGCAUUACAGUUUGUCAACUAUCCGACUCAGGUCCUUGGGAAGUCUUGUAAGCCCAUUCCAGUCAUGCUCUUGGGGGUGACUAUGCUGAGGAAGAAAUACCCACUAGCCAAAUAUCUGUGUGUCCUGCUGAUAGUCACAGGCGUGGCCCUGUUCAUGUACAAACCUAAAAAGGGAGGUGAUGAUGCUGACGACCACAUCUUUGGCUAUGGAGAACUCCUCCUGCUGCUGUCACUGACGUUGGAUGGCCUGACAGGAGUGUCUCAGGACCACAUGAGAGCUCAUUACCAAACUGGUUCCAAUCACAUGAUGCUAAACGUUAAUCUGUGGUCCACCUUGUUCCUGGGGGCUGGUGUCUUCUUCACUGGGGAGCUCUGGGAAUUCCUGAGUUUUGCUGAACGCUACCCCAGCAUCCUCUACAACAUCCUGUUGUUUGGCCUGACAAGUGCUCUGGGGCAGAGUUUUAUCUUCAUGACUGUGGUGUACUUUGGACCCUUGACUUGUUCAAUCAUCACUACAACCCGCAAAUUCUUCACCAUUUUAGCAUCUGUCAUUCUGUUUGCUAACCCGAUCAGCAUGAUGCAAUGGGUGGGAACUGUCCUGGUAUUCAUGGGUCUUGGACUUGAUGCGAAAUUUGGAAAGGGAUCAAAGAAGACAACACAUUAGAAAGACUUUUGAACUCUGUACAAUUGGAAUGAACUCUUAACUUAUUGUCUUGUACCUCAGCAUCUGUCAUGAACCUGGACUCAGGAUGGGUGGCUGAGGAAGGGAAUGGGCUUGGUUUUUUUUUAAUUAUGAAGUUUUUAAAAGUGUACAUUUUAAUCAGGAGUUUAGCCUUUCCCCUCCCGUAAUCAAAGCUGCAUUCAUGGGACCCUAUAGCAGGGAGCAAUUAGAGUCUUAAUGGGAGAAACACUUCAGAACUUUAUUAAAGAACAGGAAGAACUAUCACUUUUCUGA